AACCUAAAGUUUACGAAAUAACUAAAUCAUGUUUUUAAUUUUCCUUUUAAUUUGGAAUCAUCAUCAGUUAACUUCUGUGCGAUAUUGGAGAAAGAGUGCAAAGAUGUAUUUUAAUUUUUUCUCUAGUGUAAUUUUAUUGUCUCGAUAUUUAAGUGUGAUAAAUUCACAAUCACAAUGGAAUACAAGAGACUUCAUGAAAAGGGAACAUUCAUUAAUUAAACCGUAUUAUGGUUCAGGAAUAGAUAUACCUUUCUGGCAAUUUACCGGAAGCACGAUAGUAACACCUAAUUACAUUCGUUUAGUGGACGAUUCCCAAAGUAAAAGAGGUGCCAUUUGGAAUACUAUGCCCGUUACAAGUCGUAAUUGGGAUAUUCAGGUUCAAUUUAAAGUGCACGGUAAAGGGAAAGAUUUAUUUGGGGAUGGUUUCGCUAUAUGGUAUGCAAAAGAUAGAUUAAUCGAUGGUCCGGUUUUCGGUAGUAAAGAUCUAUUUGAAGGCUUAGCUAUAAUUUUAGACACGUAUAGUAAUCACAACGGACCACAUAAUCAUCAACAUCCUUAUAUAUCUGCUAUGAUCAACAACGGUAGUUUAUCUUAUGAUCACGAUAGAGAUGGUACUCAUACUCAAUUAGCUGGAUGUGAGGCAAAAUUUAGAAAUUUUGAUCAUGAUACUUAUAUUUCAAUAAAAUACGAAAAUGAUAUAUUAACAGUAUCUACCGAUUUCGAAAACAAAGCUGCUUGGAAAGAAUGUUUCCAGGUAAAAGGAGUGAGAUUACCAACUGGAUAUUACAUAGGAGUUUCAGCGACUACUGGAGAUUUGUCAGAUAACCAUGAUAUUAUGUCCAUACGACUUUACGAACUUGAUUUGGGAGUCGAGGAUUAUACAGGUGAAGAUAGAUCGAAAAUAAUACCAUCUGCAAGUUAUUUCGAAGCUCCAAGGGAUCACGUCGACGAUCCUCCAUCAUCCAUGUCCGGAACAAAAUUAUUCUUCUUAAUGUUGGGUGCCAGUAUCCUCAUUGUAGUAUGCGUAGUUCUGGGAAUCAUGUUUUAUCAAAAACAACAAGAAAAAAGUAGAAAAAGAUUUUAUUGAAAGGGUUAGUUGAGAUAUGUUUCAAUUUUUCAGAAAUGGACAAAAAUGUAUUAUACUGUAUUUUUAAUAUAAUCAACAAAUGUUUUUUCAAAA